CGGGGAAGUGCGGAGCCGGAGCGCAGAGUUGUGCCGAAGUUCGGGGAGGCGGCUGAGGGCAGCGAUGAGCGGCGAGCAGCGGGGCUCCAGCCGCCGGGGCAGCGGGGUAAGCGGCGCCGAAGCCGCAGUGAGCCCGGGGGGCCGGGCGCCCUCGGUCUCCGCCGGCAGCUACUGGCAGGACCCGCUGGCCAUCGACAUCAGCCGCAGCGCCGUACCGGCGCCCCGGGUCCGCAGCCGGGCUGUCCGGGCGGUCUAUGUGUGCUGCGAGACGACGAGCCCGGAGUCCGAGAGCAGCCUGUCCCUCAGGUGCCUCCGGGAGGCGUGUGAGGAUGCCCACGCCGUGUUGGAGACUGUGCCCUUCGGCAGGCUGGUGCUGGGCGAGACUGGAACCCUGGACUCCUUCUACAACGCAGAUGUUGCCGUGGUGGAGGUGACUGACCCAUACUGUCAAUCAUCGCUCUUCUAUCACCUUGGUGUACGGGAGAGCUUCAGCAUGACCAACAAUGUGAUCCUUUGCUGUGAUAGCAAUCUGACAACGCUGAAGCCGCUGCAGGAUAUCAUUUGCCAGAAAAAUAUGGGCUGUUGCGGGAACUACAUGUUCAUCCCAUACAUCGUGACGCCCACUGGGAAGCUCUUCUGCUGUGAAGCCAGCAUGAUAAAAGGUCUGACUGAGAUGUUCCAGCCACACUUUAACCUCGAGCCCCUGCUCAUGCCCCUGGUGGAUCGUCUGACUAAACUACUGGAGGAAACGCAGAUUAAUUCUUGUGAGUAUUUUCGGGAAACCAUUCGGAAUGACAUUCGCAAAGCAAGGGAGACGUACAGUGGGCAGGAGCUACGGGAUGCCCUUGCACGGAUACAACAGCGUCUAGACAGUGUCGAGCUGCUGAGUGCGGACAUUGUGGUGAACCUUCUGCUGUCCUACCGGGAUGUACAGGAUUUUGAUGCGACGAUCAAGCUGGUGGAGACCCUGCAGAACCUGCCAACCUGCAACGUGGCUGAGCUCCCCAAUGUCAAGUUUCACUACUGCUUCGCACUGAACAGGCGGAACAAACCUGGAGAUCGAGAGAAGGCCCUCUCUGUGAUCCUGCCGGUGAUGGAGACGGGAGCGCAGAUCUCAUCUGACCUCUACUGCCUUUGUGGGCGCAUAUACAAGGAUAUCUUCAUCAGCUCCAACUUCACAGACUGUGAGAGUCGAGACAAGUCAUGUUACUGGUAUCGGAUGGCCUUCGAGCAUGAGCCUACUCUACAUUCGGGCAUUAACGUCGCUGUGUUCCUCAUGGCAGCAGGACAUCGGUUUGACACGUCAACUGAUCUCCGAAAAAUAGGAGUCAAACUGAGCAGCCUACUGGGACGGAAGGGGAGCCUGGAGAAGAUGCAGUUUUAUUGGGACGUAGGGUUUUACUUUGGGGCCUGCAUCUUGUUCAAUGACCAAACCAAAAUCAUUCAGGCCUCAGAAAAGCUGUACAGACUGAAUGCACCUGUCUGGUACCUGGCAUCAGCAAUGGAAACCUACCUGCUCUACAGGCGCUUCAAGACUGAUGUCAAUGAGCAGCAUAAUGUCAAACAGGAGCUGGUGGACUUCUGGAUGGAAUUCUUACUGUCAAUCUGCAGAAACAAAGCACCCACUGAUAAAUUCCUGGUCCUCAUCCUGGAGCCAACCAAGAUCUUCCAACCCACCCAUCUCCUUGUGAACAACAGUGACACAGACAAGGCUGUGAAGAUAUGCCACGUUUCACCCAAUGAGAAGAACGGAAUCCACACAUGGACCUUCAGUGCAGCAUCGAUCCGCGGAGUGAGUGUCUCAAAGUUCAAUGAGCGUUGUUGCUUCCUGUACGUGUUGCACAACUCAGAUGAUUUUCAGCUGUACUUUCCAACAGAAUUGCAUUGCAAGAGGUUCUGUGAGUUGCUGAAUUCGUUCAUAGAUGAAACCAAGUUGACCACAGAUGAUGGGGUGAGACCGACAGAGGAGCUUUUGGAGUACAGCUAUGAAUACGCGGAGAAUGGAGAACGGCUGAUCCUCGGGAAGGGAACGUACGGUGUGGUGUAUGCUGGCCGGGAUCUCAGCAAACAAGUCCGCAUUGCAAUCAAAGAGAUUCCAGAAAGGGACAACAGAUACUCACAGCCUCUUCAUGAAGAAAUCGCUCUCCACAAGCGCUUGAAACACCGGAAUAUUGUCCAGUAUCUAGGAUCGGUUAGUCAGGAUGGCUUCAUCAAAAUCUUCAUGGAGGAGGUCCCAGGAGGAAGCCUCUCUGCUCUGCUGCACUCCAAGUGGGGCCCACUUAAAGACAAUGAGGCCACGAUCGUUUUCUACACGAGGCAGAUUCUGGAAGGCCUGAAGUAUCUGCAUGAGAAUCAGAUUGUGCACAGAGACAUUAAGGGGGACAAUGUAUUGAUAAACACCUACAGUGGAGUGCUGAAAAUCUCGGACUUCGGGACAUCGAAGAGGCUUGCGGGAAUCAAUCCUUGCACGGAAACAUUCACAGGAACCCUUCAGUACAUGGCCCCUGAAAUCAUCGACAAGGGACCAAGAGGUUACGGGAAGCCUGCAGAUAUCUGGUCCCUGGCCUGUACUGUCAUUGAAAUGGCCACAGGAAAGCCACCCUUCUUUGAACUGGGAGAGCCCCAGGCUGCUAUGUUUAAGGUGGGAAUGUUUAAGAUCCACCCGGAGAUCCCGGAGUCGAUGUCUCUGGAGGCAAAGACCUUCCUUCUACAUGGCUUUGAGCCUGAUCCUGAUAAACGGGCCACAGCCGCAGAGCUCCUCAAGGACAUAUUCCUAAGCCGGAAGAAAAAACCACCCCCAAAGCCAGGUGAAUUUUAUCACAGUCUGUCAGUCCCCGCAUCGGGACACCUCAAGAACGGAGUCGACAGCCGCCAGCCCUUAGAUUUCAGGCACAUCCAACCCGUGCUGUCACGAAGCUGCUCGAUCCCUGUGCUGUCUGGCAAGUGUAGCUCCCCACAGCAGGAGUUCCACAGCGUGCCUGAGGAACAGAUGGAUGACAUCCCAUCUUCGCCUGAAGAAAAUGCCGCACUGUUCCUGUUGAAGAGGGACAGUGAGUGCAGGGCUACGCUCUUCAAGAUACUAACAGAGGACUGUGAAACUGUGGUCUGCAAUAUUGUGGAAGCUCAGGCUCAGAGCUCUGACCGUAAGUUAACGUGUGAACACAUCCGGCAUCUGGUCACCUGUCUGAAGAACUACAUUCGCUCUCCGGACCGCAAGUUCAUUGUGAAAGCCUUGUCCAGCCUGAAGACAGAGCUGCACCUUGAUAAGGGAGCACUCAAUGAGAUCCAGAUUGUCCUUUUCACCUUCCAGGAUGCUGUGAGAAAAGUUCUUCGACAGCACCAGAUUAAACCACACUGGAUGUUUGCCCUGGACAACAUCAUUCGCAAGGCUAUGCAGAUAACCUUUGCUGUUCUAAUCCCAGAGCUGAAGCUGCAGAUGGAGACCUCGUCCGACCAGGAGAGAGACGAACAAGGCACAGAUGACUUUCCGGGCAAAUGGAGCGGGAGUCUCGGUGACGUGGGGGAGACGGACGUGCUGGAGCUCCAGAACGACGGCGCAGGGACCUCGGGUGUGAGCACACUCAGUCGCUCAGUGUCAUAUGAUUCCCAGCAGAACACUUGCCCUCUCAUCCUGCAGCUUAGCCGACUGAGGGCAGAAACAAAUCGCCUUCUGGAAGACCUUGCAGAGAAAGAGACCGAGUACCAACAACUACUGUUGCAAGCUCUUCAGCAGAAAAACCACGUCAUUGAACUACUACAAAAAAGAUCAGAAUCCGUGGAUGCCCAGCACAGCUUCCAGUCAACACAUGUUGAUUCCAAAACUGAAGAACUCACGCAGUGGCUGUUAACAACACAAGUUGACCAAUGGACAAUUGACAAGAUCCGAGCCCAUGGUUACACACUGCACGAUCUUCUGAAUGAUGUUACAAAGGAUGACUUGAAAUAUACCCAAAUAAGGGGUGGAAUGCUGUGCAGACUCUGGGCUGCGAUCAGUGCCCACAGGAAGAUGGAGGGGACACAGUAGGAACCAGGCACCUGGUGGACAGACGUGCCGUGCUUUUGAAAAACAGACGCUGUUGAACACCGAGUUCAAACUUAAUGGCACAACGCAGAAUGGACAAAAGCACCGGCAAAACUCCUGUGCUGCAGGAACACCAGGCUGCAAUGUAACAGCAGGGAAGGGAUUAAAGGACAGCAACAGUCUUCAUCUCCAGUAACUUUAUCUCCAGCAGUCUGGCUCCCAUCACUUGGAAUUGUGCAUCUGGGAUUGUUGCAGGUUUAACACUUGGAGUCACGUCAGAUGUGGUUGGAUCCUCUUGUGCGGCUGCUAAGGACACAAUAUUCACAACUGACAUAUGAUCUAAUCUUCAUGACUUCUGCUCAUGUCUGACACUCGAAUCAAUGUUCAUGGGUGACACACUUAGGUACAGUGGUGCAAUUGUCAACAUAAUUAACCAACCAUGUCACAGGCUGGAUCCGUGCAGUCUGAGAACAGUGCUGGGUUGGAAUAUUCACUUGCAUCCAAAUCCCUCCCACACACUCUCCAAAUCAUUCCACAGUGUGGAGGGUGAAGGAAAACUUUAUCCUCAUUUGCUUUCAAAAACCACUUCCUAAAUAUGUUCCAAGAUCUGAUUUCUAAUUUCCUUUCAUGAGAUUUUGGUUUCCCAGGUUUGGUUGGAUGUAUUCCUGAGGAUUUCAUCCAGUGUGCCUGGUCAGACUGCCUUUGUCAGCACCUCCAGUAGUUUAAUAAUUAACAGGCAAAAGAGCUUAAAGAAAUUGAAAAGGCAAACACUGUUUGGUUGUCCUUUGUUCUUUUCUGGGUUACACCCACUAGUGUUUGGGAGAUUAAUCUUCAAUACUUGGAAACUCUAGACUGUCUUGCACUGCUAUUCCUCAUGGAGGGAGAUAUAUCUAUAGAAGAACAUUAUUUUUAGAAAAUAUAUAAAAGAGUAUAUCUUAAUACUUUAUAAAUUAAUAAAUAUUCUUUAAUGGAAAUGAUCCAAAUACGCGACAAGCAUUUGUCUUCCUGCCAUGAUAAUGAGUUGUUUGUUACUUAAAUGUACUCACCUCGGAAGAAGUGCUGGCUCGCUAAUGUCCAGAGUGCACUGGGAAAUUGUCUUACCUAAUUGAUCACUUGGGGGAGCCCUCCCCAACAACCCUGCAAUUCCUGGGCAUGGGGAGUCUCUGUGAGGCAGAGUAUUGAAGGGGCAACCAGUGGUCAGAUGGGGACAAUCCAAAAUUCCUUUAAUAAAACAAAUCUGGAAUAUUAAACCAGUUGUAUUGCCAAUAAAACAGAGCUGGAAUUUGAAUCCCAAACAAGCUAGGUUGAACCCCGAAUGAUUUGACUGCAUAAUCUCAGAUCAUUGCAGAUUUAUUAUCUUUGAGAGUAUUUUGCUUUCAUUUUUGCAUUCAUUGACAUAUCUUUAUAAAGGUAUUAGUCAACUUCAUAUAUUGUUGAGAUUUGAUUGUCCAACAGUUUCAACCUGCACUGACACUUGGUAAGAUUUGCUUUUGUCUCUGUCAUACUUUGAUAUGAAUGUGGGCAGUGUGAGUAGGCCACUCAGGCACUUGAACCUGUGCUACCCAUCCAUUGUUCGUUUGUAUAUUGACUCCACUCGUUAGCUCCAUUUCCCUCGAUAUCCUUCCUCAACAAAAAUCUAUUGGCCUGUGAUUUCCAAGCUCCUAUUGACCACAGCAUCCAUUGUAUUUUAGCGAAGAAAUUUCCAGGAUUAUCACCCUUCUUUAACCUCCUUUUACCCGAGUUGGUCUAGCUCUGACAUUUAGAUUGUAUUCUCUUGUUCUAGAUUCCUCUACCAGAGGAAAUCUCUCUGUGCACUCUACCAAGCCAUUUAAUGUUUUCAGUACCUCAAUCAGUCUUCCAAAGUCAAAGCAAUACCAAGCACAUUGAUGCAACCUUUCAUGAUUUAGCUGUUUGUGCCUUUAUAAAAUUCUGCUGACUCUCUGCUUCACUCUGUCCUGGGCCAGUGGACCCUUUCUGAAGGGUGGACUGUGCCUUGUGUCACUUGGGUCUCACUAAAGCCUGGUGCAAACAAAACAUCACCUUAACAUGUUUAUACUUCAGUUCUGGUGAGGUCAAGCCCAACGCUCCAUUAGCGGGUUUUGGGCUGACCCACUUUUCCCAGAUUUUCCAUCUAAGCACCUCAAUUGAUUCCAAAUCCAUUCCCUUAGCACCAUUUACAUUUUCACAACUCUUUCUGUGAAGAAUGUUCAUUUUCUUCUGAAUUCCAACAUUAUUUUGAUGUCCUCUUAUUAGUUGCAGUGACCCACCUACCUGGGCAGGAUCGUUUCAGGUUGGCAUUCCGAUACAGUUGCCUGUUGAUAUCCUCUAUACGGAGAGCUUCAGGCAACCCUUCUCUCGAUUUGCAUUCUAGAGCAAAGCAUUGUAGGAUAUUACAAAAUAUACUGAAAUAAAUGUACUGUUCAACCAUUUAAUAAUGUGGAUUCAGUGAUAAUUGUUGGGGAACCAGAAAACAUAUCAACUUAUUUUUAGAAUAAUGGCUUGGUGUUUGGAUUGAGUUGUGGGUUCAAGCCCCACUAGGGAGACUUGAAGACAUAAUCCAGGCUAACUUCCUUAAUACAGUUCUAUCUACCACAGGGUACAGUCCCUUGGAUGAGACACUGAAUCAAGCUCAUUGUCCUUUCACUACAAGGUAAAGAAUCUCAUAACACUACUUGAACAAGAGCAAGGAAGCACCUCUCAUUCCUUGGCCGACAUGUAAGCCAAUUUCAUUACUGUCUCAGUGCUGUCUGUGGGAGCUUACUAUGCACAAAUUUGUCACUGUGUUUCUCAAUAUCAGUGACCACACUUUACUAAAGGUACCUCAUUGGUACUUUGAGACAUCCUGAGGUCAAGAAACCAGGAGUAAGAAUGCAGGGUGGAGGUUAUAACCUGGGUGGAGCAGGUUUGAGGGUCUGCACUUGUGCUUUUAAUGUGUGUGUACAUUCAUAUGAAAGCUGGAAUUAAGCACAAGUUAUAUCUCUACAAAAGAUAAUUGCUAAUGUGACUUAUUUUUUUCCUUUAUUUACUGUAAAAUAUAAAAUUUGUCUUAUGGAAUAUUUUGUAAAUAAAAUUA